AUGAGCGGCUUUCACAAUGUGGGAAACAUUAAUAUGAUGGCUCAACAGCAGAUGCAACAAAAUAGGGUGAAAGUCUGUAUCAGGAACUGGCAGAAUGCUACCAUGAAUGAUUUGAUAAAUUUUUUGAGUAGGAAUGCUCGGGUAGCUAUUCUCGAAGCUCGUGUGGAAGGAGCACUAGUUGUUGGAUAUGUAAGCUCAAAAAGUGAAGCUGAAUCACUAAUGAAGUGGAACGGUGUCCGUUUUGCUGGCAGCAAUUUGAAGUUUGAACUACUGGACGGUAAUGGAGGUUCUGCGGGAACUUCAGAUACCAUUUCGUUCUUGCGAGGGGUGCUACUCAAGAGAUAUGAUCCCCAGGCAAAAUUAUUGAAUUUAGGGGCAUUGCAUUCAGACCCCGAAUUAAUUCAAAAGGGUGUCUUCAGUUCCAUAUCAACACAAUCUAAGAUGUUCCCAGCAAUGAUGAAGCUAGCUUCUACUGAAAAAAGUUUGGUAGUGGAAAGUGUGAAUCUUGCUGACAACCAACUAAAGGACAUCUCCGCAAUUUCCACAUUGGCUCAAACAUUUCCCAACUUGAAGAAUCUUUGUCUGGCCAACAACCAGAUUUUCAGAUUCAGAUCAUUAGAGAUCUGGAAGAACAAAUUCAAAGAGUUAAGAGAGCUUUUAAUGACCAAUAACCCCAUAACCACUGAUAAAUUGUACCGCACUGAAAUGUUAAGGUUAUUUCCAAAGUUGGUAGUACUUGACAAUGUGAUUGUAAGGGACGAAGUGAAAUUGCAAAGUGUUUAUGCACUACCCAUGAAAAUCCAACAGUUUUUUUUUGAAAACGAUGCAUUAGGGCAAUCAUCCACUGAUUUUGCAACCAACUUUCUAAAUUUAUGGGACAACAACAGAGAACAGUUGUUAAAUUUGUACACGGCGCAAUCUCAAUUUUCCGUUUCCGUGGAUUCUACCAUCCCUCCUUCUACAGUAGCAGAAUCGGAUCAAACCCCAGCAUUUGGUUAUUACAUGUCAUCUUCACGUAACAUUUCUAAAGUAUCGAGUGAAAAGUCCAUCCAACAAAGACUAUCAAUCGGACAAGAAUCCGUCAACAACAUAUUUAAGACUUUACCAAGAACAAAACAUCAUUUACAAGACCAACCCACUGAAUACUCCAUGGAAACAAUCAGUUAUCCUCAGAUAAACGGGUUCAUCAUUACGUUGCACGGGUUUUUUGAAGAGACUGGCAAACCUGAACUUGAAGCCAAUAAAAAAACGGGAAAAAGUAACUAUCAAAAGAAUAGAAGAUACAAUCACGGUUACAAUUCCACUUCAAAUAACAAAUUAUCCAAAAAAUCCUUUGAUAGAACCUGGGUAAUUGUUCCGAUGAACAACAGUGUCAUAAUUGCAUCUGACCUACUAACCGUAAGAGCGUAUUCCACGGGCGCCUGGAAAAAUGCAUCUCUCGAAAUACCACAACCACCACAACAACAAUCUUCAGUACUACCACAGGCUGCAAGCAUGAACCCAAACAUAACGACACCGCCUCCACCGCAGCCCUCGCUGGUACCUGGGGGGAUGGGCAUGCCCGGGGUGCCCCAGGGACCAAUGGCCAUGGCUCCUACUCUACAACUACCACCGGAUGUUCAAUCGCGGUUGAAUCCAGUGCAACUUGAGCUUCUGAAUAAACUGCAUUUGGAAACGAAAUUAAAUGCAGAAUACACGUUCAUGUUGGCCGAGCAAAGUAAUUGGAACUAUGAAAUCGCCAUAAAGGGGUUUCAGGGUAGUAUGAACGGUAUUCCCAGGGAGGCCUUUGUACAAUUUUAG